GACAGCGCAGGUUUGAGUGUCCCAUGUGCUCAGUUGUCUUCAGCAACAGCUUCUCCCUGCAGGAACACGUAGAACAACACUUGGACCACAAUGUAGACCCUGACCCAGACCUGCAGCUGGCCUCACAGCUUCAGCAGGAGGAGGAGCUGAAGAGACGGCAGGAGGAGGCCCAGCAGGAGCAGCAGGAGUUUAAAAAGCUGCAGAGGAGGUUCGGUGUGGACGGUGGGGGAGGCUACCGCCGACAGACGGAGAGGACCAUGGAGAGGGCUGUGGCCAGGGGUCUUCUGACACCUGCUGACUUUCACUGCAGGAGAGUUGAGUUAAUGGAGUCCUUGGCUUCAGGGGUCGACGAUGGUACCACCAGAACCCAGGGCAUCCUCAGCGCUCUGCACGAGUUCUACCAGACGGASUGUAAGGACUGUGUCCACGUGUGGCUGAGCGCUGACACGGACCACUACAGCUCCUCUGUGGGGGAUCGAGGCUGGGGCUGUGGCUACAGGAACUUUCAGAUGCUCUUCUCCUCCCUGAAGAUGAUCGACACGUAUUCCUCACUUCUACAAG